UCCUUUUAAAUAGGUUAUCAUAAACCCACGCUCACAUUCACCCAACAUCAAAAGAAAGGGAGGAGAAACAAAGGCACCGCAUUUUGCAACCCUUUGAGUCUCUCAGGUCAAAAUCUCUUCUCUUCUGCACAAAGCUCAAAACUUUCACACUCAAUGGAUCAAGAAUUCAGGAUGAUGAGGAGUCAAGUUCCAGCGUUUGGGAGCUGGGAUUGGAACCAAGACCUUCCAUUUACUCAGUGUUUUGAGUCGGCAAGGCAGGCUGGGCUUCUGCGCUACACUACUUACUCUGAUGGACACGAUGAGGAUCGUGAUCUGUACGUUGCUGGUGAUCUAUAUGAGAAUCAUGUUGUCACACCUGCCAUGAUUGUUGUUCCUCGCAGAAGGAACAAAAUGCUGCAGUCACAUGUGAAAGAAGCAAAAGAGGAAAGUUGGGUGGUGAGUGACGUGAAGGAGCCACCAAGCCCUCCACCAACGCACAGGCCUACACCAAAGCCAGUGGAUGAAGACUUGUACAAAAUUUCACCAGACCUCCUCUAUGCAAAAUCCAAAAAGAAGAGAGGAUUUGGGUUCUUUUCAAGCUGCUUGCUGCCAACCUGUGUUGCUUGAAGCAGUAGAGAGGAGAUUUUAUAUCGGAGUUAUUAGUAAAUAUAUGAGGAAAUUAAAGAGCAAAGUGGUUUAGUGUUUCAAGUGUUCCACUUCAAGAUUAUUAACAUAUUUAGCUACUGAAGGAUUAAUUUGUCUUUCUCCUUGUCAGUGGAUUUGGGGAGCUUGUAACUUUGUUUUUACUGAAUCUUUAUAUAUAUUAUUGAGCAAAAA